AUGGGGCCCCCGGGCAAUAGGGGUCAUGGGGCCCCUGUGUCCUUGCCCAAACUCAAAAAAGCCUAUGAAAAAGGUACCAGGGACAUCUCAUGGGGCCCCCUACUGACCCCGGGCCCUCGGGCAGUGCCCGAGUUCCCCAAUUGUCAGUCCGCCCCUGGGACCGCAUGCACACCUCAGCAGUCUGUAGAGGGAACAUUGAUUAGGAUAAUAGCAUUGAUCUCUACUAAUCUCAUAUAACAUUCUUCCAGAUUUGUAAGUCAGAAAUUUAAGAGUAAGAAAUUU